AUGGUUAGACUGGUACCAGAGUUUUUGAAGAAAAUAAUAGUACAUAAGGGCUCCAAUACCAGACCAAACAGUCCAAACGUGCUAGCAGCUAGCGACAGCACCCAUACGUCAUUGACAGAGGGUACGUUGGAUGGCGCUUCGUCGGUGAAGGCGGUUGUAUCGGCCAACGACCACAAGACACCGGAUACUGCCGAUAGCAUAGUUUUCAAAGGUGACGUUAUCGAACACGGGAUUACUUCGAACAUAGCAACUAUUGCGCUGGGGGAUUGGGGAUAUCCGGUAUACGAAGAUCGCCGUGACGAGGGUAUAUUCUAUGGGAAAUACUUCGCCGGAUUGUUGCGCAGCUACGUCGUAAACGGUGAUCCUUUGGACUGCAUUAUAGCAGCAUCACGUUCCAAGCUGAUACCUAAGGUGGAGGAGUCAGAUUUUGCAGAGUACGUGCGCCAAAUCUCUGUAUUUUACGCCAUGAUGGGUGAAGACACGACAAACUGUGAAAACUUAAAGACUACAAAAGACAAAGAUGUACCGUCCGAUACGCACAUACCAAAGGAUUAUUACAGUGAUACUUAUGUCAUAGAGAAGAAUGAUGUUUUCAGGAAGGAACUGGAUUGCAUACCGGAUAUACUGUCUUCCAUGGAGGCACAGCUCGAAGCAGUAAAUGGAGAGCUACAAGAAAUGCUAGAGAGGCGGUAUGUACAUGUUCAUGAGGCGUGCACAAGUGUGGAAGAACUUCAUGUGCGAUUUCUGGAGCUAACGAAACAAAUCAAUCGCAUGCGAGCUGACCUGGAAGGUGAAACAAGUGAGAUGAAGGCAGUACAUAAUGCGCCCAGCAAGGAAAUAUCCAUGGAAGCUGAACUCGAUUCCAUUUUGCAGAGUGGUAUAGCGCGUAAGAAAGAUUUACAAAUAAUCUUGGGUCAUUUACAAAUGUUGCGAGCCAUCGUAGCUCUACCGGAGUACGUACAGGGUGUAGCAGACUCUCGUGGUAUUGCCGUUGCCAAUCUCGUUGGAAAUUGUGUCAUCAAGUAUUUGCAUGGAGAUGUUUGGAAGUUCAAAAUGGUUCAAUCUAUUGUCUCCGUUGUCAAAGAAACCGUAACCAACCUUGAACGCGUUGCCGAGACCAAAUUUGUUAAUCUUGCACUGGUGGCGCUCAUGGAAUUUGGUGGUUCUGCCGAUAUACCAGCUUCUGUUGAAGCGCUGAGGGCUGCUAUCAACCAAAUAAAACAACCAACAACCGCUCUUAUGAAUGCAUCAAUGAUAGAAGUAGCGCUACAGACGCUCAAGACAGCCAGCCAUGUCUCUAGGCCCAUUUUUCAUUAUGAGGAAUGUGACAAUUGGUAUGAACUUAUGGAUUCGUUCGAGAAACAUAGAACUUCCUUAUUGACGUAUAUAUUUUUAUCGCAAGUUUGGGGUUGCAUGAUACUGCGACAGAUCCUAUGCGUUAAAAAUAUGAAACGAACCGAUGACCAAACACAAGAAACUGACUCAUAUGGCCUUUUAGUUCAAAGGGUUUUGUCUGCAAUCCGAGAUUGCCUAUCAUCAACUGCACCUCACGGAAACUUGGCCACAGUACCGGCUAGUUAUCAAUUGGUCAAUAAGCUGGCGGAGUUACCGGGCCUUUGUGAGGACAAAUUUAACUACGGAUCCUUUUUAGAAACGCAGGUUACCGAUGAUAUUCAUCCGAUAAAGGUGACUAACUCCGAACCGGUGGAUUUUGAAGGAGUCGAAGAAUUUCUACGCCACUGUGCGUUGAUCAAACAUAUAGUAGAUGAGGUAGUUCAGACCAUAUUCGCUGAUUUUGCGCAACAUAUGAUACUCUUGUAUAAAUGGAAAACAGAUUUUGCGGUAAGUGAUGUUUUAAGCUUCAUUGAAGGCUCUAAAACUUUCAUGAUGAAGUACCGCAGACUGCUCAAUGAUAUUAAUCGUAAAUACGUAUUUUGUCCAAUGCUGUUACGUACACUGGAGGAUGAAUGGGUUGCGCAUACUCAGAAGACAAGUCCCGAUGAUUGGUUUGCGGGUGUUAAAGCCGGUAUCUCGAAUUUGGGUAAACUUGCAACUUGUAAAUUUAGUGAAACAGUGGAAGCGGCCGUCCAAAAUAUUGGUUUGUCAUGUCUGGAGGCAAUUAUAUUAGGCAACAUUGUGGGACUCCAAACCUCUCUUGGGAAGGAAACGUGGGAUGAGUAUUAUACGCAGCAAUACGUAGUUGAGAAGGAGGAAUUGUCUUUUACGCUUCCCAAAUCAUGUGUCAUGGUGGACGAACGACUAAACCUAUAUCUAGUUAUUGCUCAGUCGUUGCCGGCAGUUGCCGAAGGUGCGUCUUAUGAUUGUUUACAGGCGAUGAAAAUGUUCCAUUCAUUGAUGGAUGCAGAAGUAUCUGGCAUUGAGUUUUCAGAUUUGGGGGUAGAUGUCCUUGUUAUGCGUAAAUCGUGUCUCAUAGCGGAAGCUUUGAGAUAUUUCUCACAUAGAGUAAAUGAUGUCGUUGUCAAUGCCCUCAAAAGUAUAUCUGCCGCAUUCACGUCCGAUGAAUAUGGAACGACACUUGCGUCACCGGAAUUGGAGAGUCGGUCUAACAAGUUAUAUGACGAUACCAAAAAAUGUGUUGACGAUCUGGAGUCAUUGAAACAGCGAAUACUGCAUAUCGUAUCUAAAUACAUCGGCAAUAAAUUGAGACGAAAGGUGGAAACGUGGAUCUCACAUCCUUCGGAUGCCCCUUACGAAGAUAGCGAGGUGAACGACAUUAUACAGAUUAUACAAAAGUCUCUUGAUACAAUAACUGAAAUAUUAAAGGAUGUUACCGAUGUACAGUUGGCGUUUGAAAUGGCCUUUCAGCAAGUUCACCAAGGAUUAAAACGGGACGCCAUAGAUGCGCAGCGUAAAGAGGAGUUUCGUGAUAGCUGCGCAAAGUUAAUAACGCAACUUUCACACAACACGUGUAUAAAACUCGAAAUAUGUUGUCUUGCAGACACGCUGUCAAAUGAACUCUUCAGCUAA